CAUGCAUACAUGUAUGUGUAUGGACCGGUAAACAGAAUGUAUAGAAAUUCAUGAUCGAGCGUGUAGUGCGAGCAUCCGAUACGUCUACGGAGUUCGUUUUAAGCGUUGGGCAAAUUGAAUUUAGAGAUGUUUUUCUCUGUUUUCGUCACACUCUGAAUUUAGGCAAGAGCGAACAUGGCGCUAAGUAAAUCGGACGCGGGUGUGCCACCACUUUCAUUGAGAGUGGAGACUAAAAAAGAGAAGAAACAAAAGAGGAAUGGACACGGUGAGCGGAAAAAAGAGAGAGAAAAAGUGCAUCACUCGCGGGGGUUUUCCGGCUUUCGUUCGAGUCCGCGAUGUAAACGCAGGAGCAGUUUGGAGCGACUAGAAAACUCGCGGGGAUUCGGUCAACGUGCCUCGUUCUCUUCAUUUUUCCUCCUCUCGCGGUUUCUAUUUGUUUCUUUCUUGUUUUAUUGUUCAAGUUGCAAUAAAUUAUGAUUUAAUUCCGGUUGGAUGCUGCGUUGGUCAAACAGAUUCGUUACUUUGGUGGAGUUUCAAUGUUUAAACGAAGAAGGAGUUUGAGUCUGGAAGUUAUCGAAAGAACUUGCCUCGUUAUUUGUGCCCAAUCCUCUCGAAUCUCCCGUUACAAGAUCGAUAGGCAGAAACAAUAAUGCCGAGAGGAGAAUAAACGAAUGGUCGACUUCUCGUAAACUAAUUACGAGAUUUAUAGACGGAUAAAUCCGUCUGUAUCUUCUUUUUCUCUCAAUGAGAUCCAAUAUUCUCAGCAGAAGCGAUAUAAAUUUCAAAUAAAGUUUCUCCGCGAGUGGGACACUCGGGCUCGAAAGUAUCGAACGAAAAAAAGGCUCCUCGAUAAAAUAAAACAGCCAACUUUUGAAACUCGCCAAGACGUUUGAGGCUCUGGAAACAAAAAAGUCUCGCGAGCUUUUUUCCCGCAGUGUCCCACUUCUUCUCGCCAUAUUUUAACCCCCAAUGCAAACGAUAUUUCAUUUCAUUCAGGCUCCUGUUCGCGGCCAUGCUUUUUCACGAACAGGAUAAAUAUCGUCACGCAUUUGCGACAGGAGGAAAAGGUAUUUGUAACCCUCUCGUUUAAACGAUGAAAAAUCAACGCGGCACCUCCCCCUGCCCUCACUUUUCGUCACCAACGUCUUCUUCACUUGGAAAAAAUAAGCAAAAUCUCUCGAAGCUACAACAUUUUCUACCCUGCAGAUUAAUUUCCUUCUCCGAGAGCCAAGUUUGCCCGAAUUCUCAAGCUCAGAAUCCUUCUCGUGUCCUGCUACUUGCAAGGAUUCCAUUCCAUUAUACGAUCAAGCAACUCUGUAAUCUCAUCCGCCCUCUUGUUUCUCCUUGCACGAGAAUAUAGUGUUGACCCUCCAUAAUAACCCAUGUACUCGGUGCCUCGAUUUUAAUUAAUUCAAACAAUCAUAAUAACCAGCCACGAUUCUGUACAAAAUUACUUCACAUAUAUUUUUCUACGUUCUAAAAUUAUUAUUUUUCAGAUAAUCAUCUUGGAUACUUCAGCCCUGGAGAACGUGCCUCCGGAAAGGAAGUUGGGAGAUUCGACAACAUUCUUGCCACGCCAAAUGGAAACUGUCAACUCACACGAAAGUUCGGUCGAUGCGAACACUUAAUUUGUUGCCUCAAAUGAAUAUUUCUCCCUCCACCGAAAGCACAGUUCAGUCAACAAGAGUUUUGAUGCACCAGUUCAAUGUUCCUGAUGGUCGACGCGGAGAGCACUACUCGUGAAACGGGGUCCAGCGAGGAUGGCGAUAACUUCGUCCGCAAUGAAUACUUUUCUUCAGAACUUCAAUCGCAGAUUCGAGCGGCGGCAGAGGAGGCGGUGGACGAGGCGGAGGUGGUGGCGGCGGCGGCGGCGGAAAUUGCGACGGGAUUGAACGGCGAAUGGUCGACAUCACGCGGGAUAAGCCGAUUAAAGUAAACGUGAGGGUUCAGGUGCCCGUUCGCGAUCAUCCGAAGUUCAACUUCGUCGGCAAACUCCUAGGUCCAAAGGGAAAUUCGCUCAAGCGGUUACAGGAAGAAACCGGCUGUAAAAUGGCCGUUCUCGGCCGAGGCUCCAUGAAAGAUCGACAGAAGGAGGAAGAGCUCAGAGUCAGCGGGGAUCCGAAAUUCUCACAUCUCAUGGAAGAUUUACACGUGGAGAUAUCCGCAUACGCAACACCGGCGGAAGCUCAUGCCCGGAUCGCAUGGGCUCUGGCAGAAGUGGGUCGGUUCCUGGUUCCGGAUUACAACGACGACAUAAGGCAGGAACAAAUGUGGGAGAUGCAAAUAUUGAGCACGCAGCAAGGUCGGGAGGGCUCGUAUCAAACAACGGACGCACCCUCGAGUCCGGAGACAGGCUCAGAGGCUGCAAGUUCUCCGACUUCGAGUAUCACAGCGAACUCACUCGAGGGACAAGAAUCCUCAGCCCCGAGGCCAAGUCCCUCGCCUCCUCAUCCCGCAAGCCUCAAGGCUCAGGGCGCUCCACUUCAGGCCGUAACGCCGACCUUAGGGGGUCGAAAACGGCCGCUGUUACCUGGUGCGAGGCCCGCGAUGUCGCCGGUAAAACGCACCGUAAUGACCCUUCUUGCUCGGGCCCGUGCAGCCCAAAACAAAGAGCCGCUCCAACCACCCCCGUCGAUCGUCGGCUCCGGCAACCAUCCGCAGUCCCCGACCUCAAUAAUCCAAGCAACUCUUCAGAUGCCAACUGGUGGCGGCUGCUUGCAGCCCGGAACUCAACAAGUCUCCCAGCAAGUCGUUCCCCCCGGUGUCGGCCAGCAGGUUCAACCCCAACAGAUCCAACUGGUCGGGCAAUCGGUCCCCCAACAAACCGCCCAACACACACCGGCUCCGCAGCAACGUCAGACCAUCAUACCCCAACACUCCCAACACCAAGUUCUACCGCCGGCGUUACAUGGCCUGAUACACGCGCAUUUCAGGAGGGCUGCCGGUGGGCCGACGGUGGUACCGAUGCUACGAGAGGAUUUCAUGGCAGGGGUGAACCUUGUUUAAACCUCUACGUGCACCAGGUCCAAAAUUUCCAUUUAGCGUGAAUUUCUUAUGAGUAUAUUUAUUAAUAUAAUGAUAAUGAUAGACAGAAACAAACAAAGAAAAGAAAAAAAUGUUAAAUAACGAGGAUAAUACUGCGAGAUUGAGAGAUAAGAAGAUAUCUUAAUAAAAAUCAAGCAAAAGGGGGCAAAAUUUAUUUUACUUGGGUCGAGCACGGUUGGGAUGACAGGAGCGUUGUUACACAAUUGCUCUAUCAUUCUGUGCACAAUCGGCACAGUUUCAUUUGAGUUUAAUCAACUUUAUAAUUGAGGCCUUGUGCACACUUGCAGCGGGCAUUGAGGCCUUGAUAUUCGUUUCGAAAAAUGCACGAUUGUCAAGCAAUUCACAGAAUCAAUGAGACUUUGGUCACAAUAAAUUUGUUAAAUUGCCUGGGCUACCUUCGUUCGUAAUUGAAGUAGCAAAGUUGCGACUCAAUGGCCUGUCGAAAGUUGAAAAUCGAGGAGCCAAAAUAGCGAAAGUAUUACGAAUAUGCAUGGGUGUAAAUAAGUUUCGUUGUUUCGUUGCCCCGCACCCGGGAAUUCGAAAGUUUGAGCGACUCUUUGUUUCCUCGACGGCAGAAAAUAUUGCGAAGAGUCACGAUCGAUUUUAUCCGGUAAAGAUUGGAGACGAUCGUAGAAGAUAUUCGACGUCAAAGCUGAGGCGUCGAGUGCUGAAUAAAUUGGUAAAACGAAAAUUAACAAAAAAAAGUUAAAAAAUAGCCCGUAAAUCUGUGAAAUUUGUUUAUUUGUACGAUAGUAAUUUGAUUAGUGCACUGCAAACUGUCGUCACACGUGAGGGUCUUUUCAAAGAAAGAGUAUAUCUAAAAGUUGCGAAAUAAACACUAAACGAAUAAGUAUAAACAAGUAUUUCGGGCCUAACUCUCGAUAAAAUAGCCUCUUAAGCAAAGCUCUAAGCAACAAUUAAUCAAGGUGUGUCUCGCUGAUCUUUCACCGUUGUAAAUCCUCCUGAUCUCCUGGAACAAAACGAUUUAACGAAAAUAAAACACAAAAGCACGCCUAUUUCAAGCGAAUAAACAAAUUAAAUCGAUACGAAUAUUCAAAAAUAUAGCAAAAUAUUGAAAAUUAAAAUGAACAACAAGAAGUAUAAUAAUUUAACAUAUCAUUGCCUCUGAAUUAAAUCCCUCGAUCCGUUCGAGGAUCGUCCAUUGCGAGCUUCCUCCCAAGCUCGGAGCAAACGUUGAACAAAACAAUUUUAAAAAACGACACACAUUUUUCACGAUCUUAUGUAUUAUUAAUGAUUCAUUGGCUAUACAAUUUAUGUAUAUUAAUGUCGAAGCAUGCUCGCUAAUCGGAAAUAAUAUAAAAUAAAUAAUAUACGUGCGGAGUUUCAGGCUUCAUCGGCGAUUUUCCGCGUCGUGAGUACCAAAAAUGACAUUUUUCUUUUGAAGCUUCUUCAUUUUUCGAUAAAAAUACACUCGGAAGAGAAUUUUCGGGUUUUUUCAACGAGCGUGGGUCCGUCAAUUCGGCCUGAAAUUCUCCGUACGGCUAUAUGUGUAACAUGUAUUUUUUAAACGAAAAUAACAACAACAAAGAAAACCAAAAAAAAAAAAACAAAAAAAAAGAAAACGAAGAAAAA